AUGUUGCACAAUGAUUAGGUGGGCCAAAUCAUCUUUGUUAACUGAUGAUGAGAAGAUUAAGAAAAUUAUGUCAACUCAUUUACCCAAUGCCAUAGAGAUUCAUCUCCAACCUCUUCUCUUCUUGGUCGAGACUGCUUUGACACAUCGGAUCCUGCAGUUAAAGGAGGUACGAGAACAAGUUGAUCCAAAUGUAAAUAUUGUUACCACUAUAUUGCAAGCAGAAUCAGAAGCACAAGCACAAGCACAAAUAGAAAAGGAGCAAAACCCCCUUGAUCCUACAGUAUCACUUGAAAUUGAGCGAAUUUUGAUAGAGAUUUCCUACUCGACUCAAAGUAGGGGAGCAGACCUGGAUGCGGCAACCCUGUCAAUAUUCGAUAUGGUAGCCAAAUAUUCGUGGGAAACAAAGUUGGUGCUAAUUAUGGCUGCUUUUGCUUUAAACUAUGCACAAUUCUCCCUCCUAAUUCACCUCUAUUAUCAAUCUACAAAUCCCACAAUUGUGAAGACAAAAUCAAUCAUCAAGGGAUUGCCUUGCAAUAUCCAAGGAACAGUUGAGUUAAUUAACCCUUGGGUUGAUGCAAGCAAUAAACUCAUUAAGGCCAUGUUGGAUGUGACUAGGAUUCUGGUUAAGUUCAGGGAGCUACCAUCUGUCUACAUUUCUCCUGAAGCCUCAUCGUUGUCGGCCGCUGUAUCCGCUAUCCCGGUUGCUGUCUACUUCACCAUUCGAAGCGUCGUCGCUUGUGCAAGCCAGUCUGCUAGUCUCACCAACAUGUUACAUGGGAGCGAGCGGGAGCUAUCCGAACUUGCUGACAAAUUAAUCCAAAAAUAUGAUGAUCUAAACAAGCAUCUUCAUAUUUGCAACGAGCACGUCGAAAAGAAGAAGAAUGUUGAAGCCUAUCUAAAGCUUCUGAAUUGCUUUGAUACAGCCAAUAACGACAACAUGGAGAGCAUCAAAGCUUUGAUCAAAUCCAAGGACGGUGAUCUCCCACUUUUUAAUGGCAUUACUAAGAAACAGGUUGACAUUAAUGUGCUGAAAAGGAAAUCGGUUUUGUUGUUGAUUUCAAACCUAAACAUCUCAGAAGAUGAACUUACAAUCCUGAAGCUGAUUUUUAAUGAGUCUAAUAUCAUCACAACCAGGCAGGAACACCAAUAUGAGGUGGUGUGGAUCCCCAUAAUUGAAAAUCAUUCAUUAGGCGGUGAUGAAAUGGAAACCCAGUUUAGGAGGCUGAUAAAUAAAAUGCCAUGGUACUCUAUUCAAUAUCCACAUCUGAUAGAGAAAGUGGCGGUUAAAUUGAUUCAAGAGGUGUGGCACUUCAAAAACAACACUAUACUUGUGGCUCUUGACCCUCAAGGCAGAGUGGUCUCUCCUUAUGCACUACACUUGCUCUGGAUUUGGGGCUCCAAUGCUUUUCCUUUCACCAGGUUCAAUCAAGAAUCUUUGUGGAAAGCCGAGACUUGGAGGCUUGAGCUUCUCGUAGACGGCGUUGAUGCAUCCAUACUCAGAUGGAUUUAUGAAAACAAGUAUAUAUUCUUGUACGGAGGAGAGGAUGUUGAAUGGGUGAAGACAUUCAUAGGCACUGCACGAGAUGUUGGAAAUGCAGCGAAUAUCCAGUUGGAGUUAGUGUUUGUGGGAAACAGCAGCAAAAGAGAGAAGAUUCAGCAAGCAAUAGAUCUAAUAAACAACGAGAAACUCAAUACUUCGUACUGGAAAGACCUUACUUUUAUAUGGUUAUUUUGGAGUAGACUAGAAAGCAUGCUAUUCUCCAAGAUUCAGCUCGCCAAUAACAUAAAUAAGUUCGAUGAAAAUGACAGCAUUAUACAAGGAAUCAAGAAACUUCUUAACCAUGAUAAACAAGGAAAAUGGGCUAUUCUCAGCAAAGGAUCUAAGAUUCUGGUGAACGGUAACGGUAAUAGAGUUCUGCGAGCAUUGUCAGAGUACAGCGAUUCGCCGAAUCACAAUUUUGACUUAUCUUUUAAACAAUAUUAUGAAAACGUCCCUUCUGAUGAUGUUCAUGACUCUUGCUGCUGCUUCUCUUUUCCUGUCAAUGGCACAAGGUUUCCUAACUGCAUGAUUUGCCCUGAGUGUCAUCGGAUAAUGGACAAAAAAAUCAUCUUAAGCUGCUGCCAUAAGGGACAUAUCCCAGAAUUACUAUAUUGAUUAGGUCGAUGUCCGCGCGUUGCGCGAGUUAAAUUACAUAACUAUUUUAUGUUGUUUGAUAUUGUUUUGAGUUCUUUUUUAUGAAAUAUUAAUACGAAACUUCAAUUAGUUGA